AUGUUUCUCAUAGGCUCUGCACUAUUUAUUGUUACUGAAUUGCUAUUAUUGCAAGUAAGUGUGAUCCGGUGUCUUAGUCUAUGCCAGGAGGAAGGUGAAGUAGAAGGUAAAUCCGUGAACUUACUGUACCAUUGUAAUGAAGACAUUGGGUGGAAUGCUGUCUUUGAGGAGAGUGUACUGACAGUACCUGAUGGAACACACAGCAUAACAAUUACGGACUGCUAUGAUGUUAUGAUUCCACUGUCAUUCAGUUUCCAUAGUGAUUUGAAUCAGAGGCUGCCAAAGCUCAGUAUAAAUAAUGUUGCUAGUCUGCUCUUGACAGCAGCUCCUGAUACAUUAUCCAUUCCACAAAAUAUUAUUCUGAAUAACAUUCAUUGGUUGGACUGUAUAAAAAGGAACACUUUCUCAGGAGACUGGCAGUCUAUAGCAUUUUCCAAUGUAACCAUUGACAGAAUUGACAUGUAUGCAUUUGCAGAACUUAAUGUUGCUGUGCACAUUGAAUGGGACAAUGUGAAUGUAAACCUUUUAGAUACAAACGCCAUUGCCAAUGUUUUUAUUGAAGAAGGAAGUUUCAAAAUAAAAAAUUCUGUCAUUGAAACUAUGGAAAUAAUGUCAUUUGGAAUAAAAGCUUCAAAGGUUGUUAUUGAAAAUUCGCAUAUCAAAGAUAUUCGACUACAUGCAUUUAAUGUUGAAGCUGAAACAUUCAUAAUGGUAAAUAAUUCAGGAUUCAGAUCAGUAAUGCCUGGAGGAUUCAUCAUUUCUGCACAUCACAUUGAAAUAAGUAGAAAUAGAUUUGGUUAUUUAAUGACUAGGUCAUUAGAAAACAUAAGAUCAAAUUUAUUGUCGCAUUCUACCAACCCCAUCUACAUUUUUAAGCAGAAUUACAUUGAAUCUGCAGAUGUAGGAUCUCUUCACUGUAAUGUUUCUUCCUUUACUGAACAUAAUGGUAUAAUAUACAUAUCAGAUAAUAAAUUUGUCUGUUCAUGUAUUCAUUUAAGUUGGAUCACACAAAUUGCAGAUUCAGAACCAGAACUUGCUCAGUUUUACAAAACACUAUUGGAAAAUGAUAAAAAUAAUACUUGCUCUAUAGGUCUGUGCAGUUUCCCCCUCAGUUCAUUGCGGAAAAUGAUAAACACAGAAUAUCAGUGUGUUGCAAACAUUACUUAUGAUGAAAUAUGUAAUCUUUAUGCCAUUUUUUCUAUUUCUAGAAGCUCUUCCCAACAGGCCAACUUUCUUGCUGUUUUACUAUUGGUUAUAGCAGAAAUAAUAGUCACAUCACAAUAAACUUGUAUGCAUUAUUCUGACUGUUCUUGUUGUAAAUUUUAAAAGUGGAAAUGAAAAGUAGCAUAUAAUUUCUCGGUCAGAAUAUACUUGAUAUAUAAAUGAAGAAUGUACACAAUGCUUUCCGUACACAAUGCUUUCCGUGUCAAUCAAACGUAAAACUAUCCAGAAGCUAAAAGGUAACCAAGAGACAUUCCAUAAAUUUGACAAAAAGAUGUAACUGCAACAAAAGUAAAACAUAUUAAUGAGUACUGGCACUGCAGGAUGUAAAUGCCUCAAUUUCAAUGUCCUGCUACUGAUGUACUUGGAAAAGUUAGUUUUAAUUUGAUAGGAAAAUUGUGACCUUCAGGGCUGUGAAUGUAUUAAACUGAAGUUCACAAGGGAAGUUUGUUGACCAGACUGAAUAGCAAACUUGUGAAGUAGAGGACAUAGUUUAGCUAUUCAACCACAUCUCGAUUCACUGACUUUUGGACAUCAUAUAAUCUACAAAAAGAUCUGCUCUCUCUCUCUCUCUCUCUCUCUCUCUCUCUCUCUCUCUCUCUCUCUGUGCAAGAAACUUUGUGUUUUUUUGUUAGAAUGACAUAUUGUUAUCAGUUUUCAAGAAAGCCCUUGAAGAUUUUGUUGUAACUAUCAUAGACAGAUUUUUAUUCAACACAAGAAUAUGAAUAGAGAAGUACACAUUUGGAACUCAAAGCUGCAAAAUUACAAUACUGAGAAUUGUGUGACAUUGCAUGACUUGAGGAAACUCCAGAGAGACAGCAGAAUCCACUGACAGCACACAUAGGAUCUUAUAUAACACAGUCUACAGCAAGUGCCCAAUUACAGUCAAUGUCACAAUGGAUGGGUUCUGCUGGUGGCACAGUAAUACUAAUGUAAGGCAGUACCACAGAUGCAAUAAAGUUGAAUGACUGUGCUGCAGCCUUUAUGCAAUGGGGACAUGGCCCAUACAAGUUAGCAUGAACUAAUAAACUGGCAGUUCCGAUAUGUAUUCUGUGGUGGAACCUUAGGUGAUGUGCUUCUUUGAGCAACCCAAGUGUGCUACUGAGACAGAUAUCCAUAGAUGAAAUAGCUACAUAUGGUUGAAAGUGCCAGUCCUCUGAAGCAGUGAAGGAAGGAUGACUGGAGCUCAUAUACCAUCUUCAGGGUCCACCGUGAAGUCUUGUGACAGUGCUCACUGCAGAAGAUAUGUCUCAUUGUCUGGCAGCACCAUCCAACCUGUUCGGCUAGGGUUGGAACUGAGGGCAUUCGAAUCAAUGCUGGCCGGCCAUGGUAUAUAAUUGGUGCCCAGCAGCAUAUUCAUUUUUGCAAAAAUUCUCCACAGUCACAGCCAAGUCAUAAACAGUGGCAGAGGGGUGAUCCGAAGGUCAUGAUUUAAUGACCCCACUGUUAUGAAGUUCUGAGUUGCCCAUGGGCAUAAUGACUUUACCGAAGGCACUAUGUACCACCAGAAGUGAAACAGUUGCUGCAGAUGUACUUGCUGGACAUGACAGCAGUGAUGGUGGAAGUGGCUACACAGAUGUAGCUGGUUGAUUUGAAGUAAAAAAGUACCAUGAUUGGUGGCUAUUGUUUGCAAGGAUGUGAGGUCACCAUACACACAUUCACUAUGCUGUCAAUUAUACUAGGCACUUACCAAAAUAACCACAUCCAAAUAAGAGCACCUUUAUGGAAAUGAGGAGAUCAUUUUGAACACGUAUGGGAAGCAGGCAGCUGAAGAAGUGAGAAUAGUCCAGAAUUAUCUAGUGCGGAAUAAUUCUACAGGGAUUUUGCCAUUCAUACGUGAAGGCUCAUAUCAAAGCAUUAUGCUCCUGAAUGUAUGUGUAGUUUUGCGUGGUAAAAAAUCAGUAGUCGGCAUUAAGUAAUAAUCUGCUUUUAUCAAACGUGUCAGUAUAUCAGUUUGUUUCCAAAGAGAGAGAAUUUGUUCAGGUAUAAAUUCAAAAGAUCUUUAAAAGAA